AUGACCAAGCCUUCCGAGGCUACCACCACCGCCAAGGCUGGUGUCCCCGUCACCUACGGAGGCGUCACCACCGAGUUCAAGGAGACUGGUGUCAAAACCUGCGCUUACGGUGCGUACGAGACUGGCAAGGACCAGAACGGCAAGGAUGUCACAUCCACCGUUGUCAAGACUGUCACUGUCACCAUCUCAAACACUGGAAAGUACGAGGUUGCGAAGCCUACUACCACCGUCUACGACCACGACGCCGAGAUCACGUACCCUACCAUCAGCGUCUACCAGCCCGGUAUCUACCACAAGGACGCCCAGACCGUCACAAUCACCAAGUCCGGUGAUAUCUACUCCUGCGACUACAAGCAGACCAAGACCCACCCUGCCAAGCCCGAGAAGACUCCCUCUCACGGCGCUGAGUACCCCUACGGCAACAAUACCUCAACUGAGUACAAGCCCGAGUACCCUGCUUCCACUCCUUCUGUCGCAAAGUCAAGCAGCAAGCCUGACAACAAGUACCCCGUUACUUUCAGCGUACCUGCCUACCCUGAGUCUACUCCCGUCUACGACACCAAGAGCAGCGGCACCCCCUGCGCCAGCUCUUCCAAGCCUGCCACCGAGAUCGAGUCGAGCUCCGUCGAAUACCCCUCCUACCCGGCUUCCAGCUCUGUUCCAUCGCACGAUGAGCACGAGAGCAGCACUAAGUAUCCCUCCUACCCUGCCUCAGCCACGGUCCCCCACUACGAGGGGUCUUCUUCCAUCCCCUACCAUUCCUCUACCAAGCCUGUUGAUGCCUACAAGAGCUCAAGCAUCGCCUACCCCUCCUACCCGGCUUCCAGCUCUGUUCCAUCGCACGAUGAGCACGAGAGUAGCACUAAGUACCCCUCGUACCCUGCCUCAGCCACGGUCCCCCACUACGAGGGCUCGUCGUCCACUCCCUGCCCUUCCUCCACCAAGCCUGUUGACGCCUAA